CAACCUUUGUUUGUUUGUUUGUUGUUGUUGUCAUAGAUAGGAAAACACACACAAUAAUAUUUUAUUUAUAUAGAAGAAACAACAUUCAUAUUUCUUUAGGCAAAAGAGGGAAAAGUGUAAUCUAAUUUAUAGAUUUGUCAUCAACAAAAUAUUGUUUUCAUUUUUUUUGUUGUUGUUUGGUCACUAUUUUUAGUUAAUUGUUUGUGCUGUGUUGAUUUAUCGAUUUGACACUUGUGUCCGCUAUCUUUUUUUCAAUUUCAUUAGGCCAGUUUUUUUGAGGAGAAAAAACAACGAAUUUAUCUGGUCUACAUUUUGUUGUUGUUGUUGGUAUUCUAAAUCCUGUCCAUAUUCAUCUCAUUAGUGUCUCUUUUUCAAAUCUAUUUUUAAUUUACAUUCGAAUAGUUAACAAUGAAGUUUCAAUAUAAAGAACAACACUCAUUUCAACAACGAAAAGAAGAAGGUGAAAAAAUUCGAAAAAAGUAUCCAACACGAGUUCCUGUGAUAGUUGAAAAAGCAUCUGGCGCUCGAAUCGGUGAUCUGGAUAAGAAAAAAUAUCUUGUGCCAACAGAUUUGACCGUCGGACAAUUCUAUUUUCUGAUCCGUAAACGAAUACAAUUGCGACCAGAGGAGGCGAUAUUUUUUUUCAUUCACAAUAUGGUUCCACCUACAUCAUCGACAAUGGGAUCACUUUAUAAUCAAUAUCGUGAUGAAGAUUUUUUCCUUUACGUUCAUUAUAGUGAUGAAAAUGUAUAUGGUCAAUGAAUAAGAUAAAAAUAUGACAAAAUAAUUAAUCAACAAGAAUUAUCAUUUGACAAAUUAAAAACGAUUUCAGUGGCCGUAAAAAAAAUUCAUAUUCCAAAACGAUCGACGACAACACAUUGAAAUCACUUAAUCAUCAACAAUUUCACCUACAU